AUGGACGCCGAACCCGAGCAGCCCCUAAUCGAACUCACCAGCCAUGACGACCUCUCCUAUUUAAUAGCAAACGUGCGAGCCGCGGCCGCCGAGCACAUCGAGCAGGCCUUUCCGCGCGUUGAGGGCCAGCGCGGCAAGAAUACACUACGCACUGAAGUCGAAGCUCUUGUCAACCAGUACAUUGACAACACAUUUGGUUUCGCAGCGCCGAAUCUCCGCAUCAAUGGCCACACAGUAACGGCCGACGACGCCCUCGAUCGCGACUCUUCUCGACUUGGCGCCUCUGGCGACGACGAUGCACUCUACGAACCCUACGAUGCUGACAAGCGCCGCAUGGUUGCGGACCUCAUCACACAGGAGGAAAGAUUACUCGAAGAAGUCGCAGCGCUGAAACGGUCUGUGCCCUCUACUGCCGCAGCAGAGCAAGCCGAGCACUUUGACGCCGCUGUCCUUCGCGACGAGGAGGCAUUACAGAGCAGACUUGCCGCAGAAGUGCCUCGGGCUACAGCUGAGAGUCGGGACAUUGCUUGGUCGCCGCUAGAGCGCCAGGAGGGCGUUGAGAGCCGUUUCCGUGGCGCUGUGGAAGGGCUCGAGAGAGUUAAGAAAGACAUGCCGUCCAUCGUUGCCAAGCUUGAGCGAGCUAGAAUGGCUGGAGACUACGUAAUCAAGGGAAACAAUUAG